AUGGCCGAGUUGGCAAGACGGCAGGAGGGCGUAAGUGUGGUCGGAGGCACCGUCUAUUCCGUCGUCUAUGUAACGGCGUCGCCUACCUUCACUGGCGUUAUUGGGGGCUUUACAACACUCACAGAUGCAUCGGCGCAGGCCAGUGAGACAGAGGCAGCCAGUGCGGCAUCGACAUCGCCAACACUCGAAUUCUCCACCGCUCCAACCGAAACUGUAUUUGCCCAGGACUCGUCUACUUCGGCGAGCAGUCUCAUCUCACCGGCGACCACCUCCCUGAAUGCCUUUACCACAUCCUCGGGCCUUUCCGGCAGCAACACUGCUGGAGGGUCUGUUGCCCCUGCUUCUGCCACUGCGGGCUCCUCGUCAGACAAGUCAGGCUCAUCCAGUGGUGGAAUGUCUACCGGCGCGAAAGCCGGCAUCGCCAUUGGUGUUAUUGCAGUCGUCGGUCUUUUCGCUGUUUUCUUGCUCUGGCUUCUUGGAAAGAAGAGGAAAGCACGUGAAGCUCAAGCGAACAAAGACAAUGAAAAAUCCACCUACGGCGCUGGUGCCGGUGCUGCUACCGAGAUGGUCAACAGGAGUCCAACGGUCUCCAGUACUGCCGCUCCACGACUGAGCCUGCGGCCUGUGUCACGAAUGAUGCCAGAAUUCAUGGGCAACGCCUCGAAGGGUAGACUUAGCAACGGCAACCUUUUGAACACAAUCGGGGAGUCACGAGCUGCUCCAUCUCGAAACUUGACUCCAUCCCCUCAACCGCGCGGUCCAAGCCCUACUCCUAAGCUGUCUCAAGACCAGAACCCCAGCAACCCAUUCGCCGACCCUCAGAAUCCUUUCGCCGACCCUGAGAAGCCGAUCCAAGCUCCCCAACCGGUUGUUGUCGCCCCAGCUGUUGCCAGACCUGCCCCGGUCGCUCCACUUGCUGAAGCGGCCGCGGCCGCCAUGGCUGCUUCUGCUGCUACCGCGGUUGUUGCUGGAACUCAGCCCAAGCCAUCUAGCCCAGACGUCGCAAAAGGCCCUGAACCAUCCGCAGCAGUUAGUCCGGCUGUCGUCCCAUCAGCUGUAGCUGCACCAGUUGAGUCGGUCCGGCGACAAAGUUCAUCCACAGCUCCUUCAACACCGGUCCAGCCAGCUCCGGUUGCAGAGGGCGCUGAGCCACCGUCCGGCAACGUCUACCGCGUCUUGAUGGACUUCAAGCCUUCCAUGGACGAUGAACUCGAAUUGAAAAAUGGCCAACUCGUUCGCUUACUGCACGAAUAUGAUGAUGGAUGGGCUCUCUGUAUCCGACUUGACCGCUCUCAGCAAGGCGUCGUCCCGAGAACUUGCCUUGCAGCCAAACCGUCCAAGCCAAAACCAUCUCACCUGAACCAGUAUGCUCGUCCACCCCCUCCAGGGCAAGGUCCAAUGUCCCGACCCAUGUCACCAGCCGGUGGCCCGCCCGGCCGGAACGGCCCCAACUUUAACGGCCCGCGACCUGGUAUGCCUCCUCAGAGCCCGGUGACAGCUGGUGCAAGAUCAAUGAGCCCUGCCGGUGCCAGGAGUCCCAUGCCUCUCGUUGCAAGACCCAUGAGUCCUGGCCACUUCAACCAAGCUCCUCGACCAUUGUCCCCGGGACCUCGAUCACAUGCAAAGCGCAGCAUGUCACCAGAUCCGUACGGAGGUAGAGGACCUGCGCCAAUGGCUGUGGUGAAUCGACGACGAAGCAACUCGGCUAGCAAUUUCCAGGAUCGACGCACCUCUCCUGCUGGACCAUCCAAACUUGGACCGGGGCCUGGUAUUGCCUUGUAA